AUGGGUCUCGUAUAUAACAUCACGUGCGCUUCCUUUGCCGCGCUUGGCAGUUUCCUGUUCGGCUACGAUUCAGGCAUUAUUGGCGGCAUUCUUAUUCAAGAGCAUUUCCUUGCGGCACACAAUAACCCAAACUCCGCUGUUCAGGGUGCCAUUGUGGCACUGUUUAACGUGGGCUGUUUCUUUGGUGCCUGUGUCGCUGCUAGCUUGGCAACAAAAUGGGGUCGUAAGCGAACAAUUCAGGUCGGAUGCGUCUUUGCUACUGUUGGUGGUGUCAUCCAAACCGCCUCCGUCAACGUUGGAAUGUUUAUUGCUGGAAGACUGAUUAUUGGUAUUGGUAUCGGUUUGCUUUCUAUGAUUGUUCCGUUGUAUCAAGCUGAGAUCGCGCCGGCGCAUAUUCGUGGUUUUGCUGUCGGUUUGGCACAGCAGUUUAUUGGUUUUGGUGUUCUGGUUUCAACCUGGGUUGUGUACGGUGCUAAUCGCAUUGAUUCGGACGCUCAAUGGCAAAUUCCUGUCGGUAUCCAGAUUGCUCCUGCUGUGAUUUUGUUCUUUGGUACUUUCUUCCUGCCUUACUCUCCCAGAUGGCUCAUUUCUGUUGGUCGUAAAGAAGAAGCUCGUAAAGUCGUAGCUCGCCUGUAUGCGGAUCCUGAAGAGCAAGAAAAAGUAUACAGCGAUAUCAUCGAGGAAGUUGAAAGGGAGUUGAAAGUUGUUUCGAGAGAUCCAAGGGAUCUUAUCAAGCCCCAGUACUUCAAGCGAGUUCUUUUGGCAUGCGGCGGUCAAAUUGGAGCUCAAUUCACUGGUAUCAACAUUGCCAACUAUUACGGACCUACGAUCUACACCGCUCUUGGUUUUGACACUGAUACGUCGCUGCUGGUCAAUGCCAUUUACAGUGUGGUUGGCCCCGUUGCAAACUUCGUUACGAUUACUUUCAUUGUCGACCGUGUUGGUCGUGUUCGCCUCAUGUGGUUAGGUAGCAUUGGCAUGGGUACCUUGUUGAUGCUUAUUGGCGCUCUUUACAAACGUUUUCCUGGUCCUACUGAUGAGCAAAUUGCAAAUGAUCUCAUCGGCUAUGAAACCACUAACCGCUCUGCACAUUAUGCUAUUAUUUGUUUCUUCUAUAUAUUCUCCGUCGUGUUCUCACUGUCAUGGGGUCCGAUCGCUUGGAUUUACCAGUCAGAAAUCUUCCCCUUGAAGAUUCGUACGAUGGGUGCUAGUGCUGCCACUGCCAGCAACUGGCUUUUCAAUACAUGGAUUUCGCAAGUGUCACCGAUCGCUUUAAGCAAUCCGAGUGUUGGACCCGAGUUCUUCUUUGUGUUCAUGUCCACAAACUACCUUGUUGCUGCGUACACUUUCUUCUUCUAUCCCGAGACCAAGGGCCGUAGUCUCGAAGAGCUCAGUGAGGCGCUUGGUGAUGCUGAUAAAAAGAUUACAAACGACCUUCCAAUGGAAGAAAGCGCCAAAGUGGAAACUGCUGCCGCAGGAUCCACUUCGUCCGGUGACAAAUAACAAUAUUAGC